AUGGGUGACCACAUUGAGACAGUAUCACCACCGGUGACUAGCGAGGCACUGGGGAAAAGCAGCAGUAGUGACAACGGCGUUGCACCCGAGACACCCACCAAACGCGGCCUUGAUCAGCAGACGCGCAUCGACCAGGCUAUAGACUCGCUUCUCACGCCGCCAAAGUCCAUUUACGACGACUACCCAAUCAAGCUUGUGGACAGGUACAUAGACGAGCCUCGAGAGCUGCGGGUGGCCGUCGUUGGCGCAGGGCUCUCUGGAGUCCUCGCGGGGAUUCUCCUUCCAGCAAAGGUCCCUGGCAUCAACCUCACCGUUUAUGAAAAGAACGCGGACGUGGGCGGAACUUGGUUCGAGAACAUAUAUCCCGGCGUCCGCUGCGACGUACCGGCUCACGUCUACCAGUCGACCUUCGAUCCAAACACCCAGUGGACAGAGGAAUUCGCCCAGGGCCCCGAGAUUCGUGACUACUGGCAGGGCCUGGCGCGCAAAUAUGACGUCUACAAAUACCUCCAGCUCUCGCAGCGCGUCGAGGGUCUGAACUGGGUCGAUUCACGAUCCAUAUGGCAGAUCACCAUCCGCGACCUCAAGACGGACGCAAUCCGGAUAGAGGAGGCCGAGUUCGUCCUGACGGCCAUCGGCCGCUUUAACGCCUGGAAGCUGCCGGAUUACCCCGGCAUCAAGGACUUCAAGGGCGUGCUCAGGCAUGCUUCGAACUGGGAUCCCAACUUCGACCCCAGAGACAAGAAGGUGGCCGUGAUUGGCAACGGCGCCAGCGGCAUCCAGCUCACGUCCAACUUGCACAAAGUCGUCUCGCACCUGGACCACUACGCAAGAAACAAGACGUGGAUCACGGCGUCUUUUGCCGGCGAUGAGACGUCGAUCGAGCCGAUCCCCAUCCCGGAGGACCUGAGAGAGACGUUCCGCAAAGACCCGGAGGCAUAUCUCGAGUACCGCAAGGAGCAGGAGAGCAAGUACUUCCGCCACUUCAGCGGCUGGCUCAAGGGAUCGAGCGAGAACGACGAGGCGCGGGAGGCGUUCCGCAAGUUCAUGAACGACCGCCUCACCAAGAAGCCCGAGCUCAUCGACGCGCUCAUCCCCGACUUCUCACCGCACUGCCGCCGCCUGACCCCCGGGCCGGGCUACCUCGAGGCCAUCACCUCGGAGAAGACGGACUACAUCCAGACCCGGAUCAGGCGCUUCACCGAGACCGGCAUCGAGACGGAAGACGGCAGGCACCGCGAGGUCGACGCCAUCUUCUGCGCGACGGGCGCCAACGUCGACAUGGCGCCGCCGUUCCCCAUCACGGCCAGGGGCCGGGACCUCGCGCAGGUCUGGCAGCCCGACGGGCCCUACACCUACUUCGGCUCCGCCACCCCGGGCUUCCCCAACCUGCUCUUCAUCCACGGGCCUAACGGCAGCGGCCGCUCCGGCACCGUCCCGCACAACGUCGAGAACCAGAUCACGUACUUUGCGCGGAUCCUGCGCAAGGCGGGCCGCGAGGGCAUCAAGACCAUCCAGCCCACGAGGAGGGCGGCUGACAACUUCACGCAGUACUCGGACGCCUUCUUCGCGACGACGGUGCUGUCGGAGAACUGCAGCUCGUGGUACAACAGCGGCAAGGCUGGGUCGAGGAUCCACGGCCUGUGGCCGGGGUCGGCGACGCUGGCGACGAUUGUGCAGCGCGAGCCCAGGUGGGAGGACUUUGAGUACGAGUACGUCGGGGACUCGGAAAAUCCCUUCCUGUGGUACUUUGGCAAGGGCUGCACGAGGAAGGAAUUGGAUCCGGAGGCGGAUGUCACGCCGUAUCUGAAGGCUGGCGGUGUCGAUCCCAAGGAUGUUCACGAGAGCUGGUGGAGUGUGCCAUAG